ACGAGAGGCGGGGCCCAUCGGCAGAACCCCUCUGACGGCGACGAUGGAGGAAGCCAAGCGGCUGCACGCGCGCCUGCUCCGCCGUGGGGAGCGCCGCCUGCAGCCGCUACUCCUGCGCGUGCUGGCGGCGGGGGAACUGCGCUACGCCGCGCGCCUUCUCGGCUCCUGCCCCGCGUCUCCGCCCUCCGCGCCGCUCCACAACCGCCUGCUCCACGCGCUGGCCGCCGCGCGCCACCCGCUGCUGCUCCCUUGCUUCGCGCGCGCGCACCGCCUCCGCGUCCUCACCCCGCUCUCCUUCACGCUUCUCCUCUCCUCCGCCACCGCCACGGCCGCCGCGUGCGCGCACGCUUUGCUGGCCAAGUCCGGCCACGCCGCGGCGGCGCCCGGCGACCCGUUCCUCGCGUCCGCGCUCGUCUCCUCCUACGCCAGGGCGGGGCUGCUGGCGGAGUCCCGCAGGGCGUUCGACGAGCUGCCUGCCGGGGCCGGGGCCGGGGCCGCGGCCGCGCGCAACGCGAUGCUGUCGGCGUACGCGCGAGGCGGGCGCGUGGGCGACGCGGAGCGGCUGUUCGCGGGAAUGCCCGACCGGAGCGUGGUGUCGUGGACCGCGAUGGUGUCGGGCUACGCGCAGAACGGGAGGCACGAGGAGGCGGUGCGCACGUUCCUGGACAUGUGGGACGGGGCCGGGGUGCGGCCCAACGAGCUCACCGUCAGCAGCGUCCUGCCCGCGUGCGCUGCGCUCGGGGCCCUCGCGCUGGGGAGGAAGGUGGAGCGCUACGCCAGGGGGAGAGGGAUGCUCAGGAACGUCUAUGUCGCCAACGCCUUGGUCGAGAUGUACGCCAAGUGCGGCAGCAUCCGCCGGGCUUGGAAGGUGUUUCGGGGCAUGGGGACGCGGAGGGAUCUUUGUUCUUGGAACUCCAUGAUCAUGGCGUUUGCCGUGCAUGGCCUCUGGACGGAGGCGCUGGCCUUGUUUCAUAAACUGAGGAUGACAGGGGCAAAACCAGAUGGCAUUACAUUUGUUGGAGUCAUUUUGGCCUGUACUCAUGGAGGCUUGGUGGAUGAAGGCAAGCUGCUCUUCAACUCGAUGAGAGGGGAGUUCGGUCUUAAGCCAAGAAUCGAGCACUAUGGUUGCAUGGUUGACCUGCUGGGGCGUGCUGGCCUGUUAAAAGAAGCUGACAGUCUGAUCGCGAGCAUGCCAAUGGAGCCUGACGCCGUAAUUUGGGGAGCCCUGCUUGGAGCCUGCAGCUUCCAUGGCAACUUUGAACUAGCGGAAAUAGCAGUGGAAAAACUAAUGCACCUGGAGCCACACAAUACAGCUAACCUAGUGAUUCUUUCGAAUAUAUACGCGUCAUGUGGCAAAUGGGACGGUGUUGCCCGGGUGUGGAAGCUGCUAAAGGAAAAAGAUCACAAGAAAUCUGCUGGGUACAGCUUUAUUGAGUUAGAUGGUAGGAUGCACAAGUUCCUGGUUGAAGAUAAGUCGCAUCCAAGAUCUGAGAAGGUAUAUGACGCCCUGGAUAGCAUCACGCUGGCCAUGAAGCUUGUCAGCUUGGAAAAUCCUGAAGUGGAAAGCUGAUUUUAACGUCACCAUCUUCUAUCCCUUUUAUUUAUGGGAGAAGAAACUGAGAAAACCAUUUGAGAUUGGUCAUGGACUUCUUGCUCAGAUCCUCCAUAUCAAGUGAAUGCACCACCUGAAUAUCAAUGGAUUUUUCCUCUACUACGAAAUGGUCAUUUCUCUUGUUCUUACAAUGAAUAAUUCAGAGGUGCAAGUGCACCAGACAGAUAGAAGCAUAUCAUUGCAUGACAUACCCAAAGCAGAUCAUCAUGGAAGACACUAGAGGAACUUUCAGACUGUGGGGUUAUGCAUGAGAUUGGUUGGAACUAUGACGCAGGAAUGACCGGGGUUGUAUACCAUAUUCUCAUGGUUGCCUUCACUUGGCAGCCGUGGUUUGGAGCGCACCCUCAUAUUGGGUGCAGCCUUGGAAGCAAGGCAAACAUGCCCCCCGUCCGCCUUUGCAGUAUAUGUUUUGGCAUGCUUCAUUGGAUUUACCGUGUUCCUUAGUUUUCUUUUAUAUAUAUAGCUGCGGCUCAUAUGUUGAACAAGUUUACAGCUUUUAUCUGAGCACUUCAUUUGUGCACUAUGGAUCAGUCUGGAUUCUAUCAAACUUGGAAAUGACUGCUGCUUCUUAAGGUGUGAACGCACCGGCACAAACAAGCAGAAAGAUCUGCUCAGACUGGACACUUCCAGAAGGACACUGGUCAACGUUCAGAAAUUGCCAUGUGAUUGUGGAAGAAAAGAACAAUUUCACCGGGUCAGUUUCACUUUAGGAGCAUAACCAUAACGUUAGAUGCUUGACGAUGACUUGUAAAUGCUGACGAAAUGAACAUGACGCAGCAUCUUCCUUCUACUUUUGUCGCUGUUUCUCUUGUUGAAAUAACCGGGGUAAUGGUCUUGUUUCUU